AUGGAGAAACGUACUAACAAACUUGUGGGAAGCAGCAAUCCACAGAACUUGAAGAAUACAAAUGGAGAUGAAGGCUAUUUGGAUUCUCUAGAGCUUCGACCAAUCACAACUUCCUCAACAACAGUUGUAAAUGGCCAAAGGAAUCCAGAUUAUAUUGAAACAGAGUCCAGUUCUAUGGAUUCAUAUGAUACAGCUGAUGCUGGUCAAAGGUGGGGCUCUCCUACAAAAAAUAUUGGUUCGCAUGAUAGAUCGUUAGGGCUUACAAAUUCUGGUAUAAGUACCACCAAUUCAAAUAACACAGAUUUAGAUGCAUUGGACGUGGAAAGCACAGAUUCGGGCACGACAAAAUCGUUUCGACCAUUUGAUGAAUAUGACAGAGCAGGAUUUCUUGAUGGAUAUGGUGAAGCAAGAAAAAAUUCAUACGACAGCUCUCAUUCUAACAUAUGGAGGCCACUGUCUCCUAUAUCGAGUCCUGAAUUUCACCCUGCAAGAUCACAAGGAAGCAGAAACCGAAUACAUUCUAAACAAGAAAGUGAAUAUGGAAAUUUUAAUGUGGUAGAACAAGUGGAAGGCGAUAGUUUAAUUACUUCCGGUUCAACAGAUAGUGAAAGCAGUUCUCCUACGUCUUAUGGAGCAAACGAUGCAUCAAAUGACACAAAAAAUGCUGCACUUGUAAAAAAUGCAAAGCCAAAGAUUGGAGACAGCAUUCCAAGCGUGUCGCAGAAAGUGGAUAACCAGGAUAAAUUGUACAACAGCUUGAAUAUCCUUGAAGAUGUGAAAAAACUCAAGAACAUGAGCUUCUUUGACGCCAAAUACAACGAGAAGCUGAACCAAUUGAAAAAAAGCCAGCUUGAUCUUUUGGUGGACAUGUCACAACUAAACGAGAACUCGUUUACAGAAUUCUACAACGUCUGGAACACUUUAGAUGAAGAGGAUGAGAAAUCAGAAGGAAGCGAGGAGAAAAAAGGAGACAAAAAGAAAAAUGACAAGUACGAACAGUCAGUGAAGUCACUGGCGAUGCUAGACAUCAACAAUAGCAAGACAUUUGAGCGGUUUGGUGAAAAAAGUAAAGUGGUUACCCAGGAUAUAUCCAAAAUUGAAGAAUCGAUUACCGGAAUAGACGAAUACACCAAGAAACUCUGGGAGAAAGUGUAA